AUGGAGUUUGAAGACAACAACAACGACGAAGAGGAAAUGAAUCUUCACGAGGAAGAAGAAGACGACGCCGUCUACGACUCUCCUCCUCUUCCUCCACCGUCCCGUGUCCUCAAAACCUCCACAGAAAGUCCUGACACCGCAGGAACAACCUCCACUGGUGGCGGAGGAUUCAUGGUGGUUCAUGGCGGUCCCGGCGGCGGCGGAGGAAGCAGGUUCAGGUUCCGCGAGUGUCUCAAGAACCAAGCGGUGAACAUAGGAGGACACGCGGUGGAUGGUUGUGGUGAGUUUAUGCCAGCUGGAAUCGAAGGUACCAUCGACGCGCUAAAAUGCGCCGCUUGUGGCUGUCACCGUAACUUCCACCGCAAGGAACUGCCAUACUUCCACCAUCACGCGCCGCCGCAACAGCCUCUCCCUCCUCCGCCGGGAUUCUACCGUCUUCCAGCUCCGGUGAGUUAUCGACCACCACCUUCGCAAGCUCCUCCUCUCCAGCUCGCUCUCCCUCCUCCACAACAAAGAGAGAGAUCAGAAGAUCGGAUGGAGACUUCUUCCGCGGAGGCAGGAGGGAUUAGGAAGAGGCAUAGGACUAAGUUCACGGCGGAGCAGAAGGAGAGGAUGUUAGGUUUAGCUGAGAGGAUUGGUUGGAGAAUUCAGAGACAAGACGAUGAAGUGAUUCAGAGAUUCUGUCAAGAGACUGGAGUUCCGAGACAGGUUCUCAAGGUUUGGUUGCAUAACAACAAACACACUCUUGGUAAGUCGUCGUCGCCGGUUAAUCAUCACCAUCAGAAUCCUCCUCCUCCUCCUCCACAGUUUCAUCAUGAACAAGAGCAACCAUGA